AUGGCUAUAAGAUUGAAGCCAAAAGUAAGAGAAUUCUUGCUGAAUAAGUUUCGAAAAAAGCGAUAUGUUUUCCUUUUCUUAGGGUGUUUCUUCACCAUGCUUUACCGUUUGGGCAACUGGCCAUUUGCCUCAAAAGAUACUACGCUUAAUCCUGGUAAUUUGCCUUACUCAUUCCAGGACUAUUCUACUGAUAAAGAUGAGCCGUUUUUCCGGGGCUGCACUGACACAGACAUGUAUUUACAGGACCCUGAGUACGUCAAAAUGAAUGCAUCUUUUGUUAUGCUUACGAGAAACGAAGAAGUGGACGAGGUGCUGAAAACUAUGAAAAGUAUAGAAGGCCAUUUCAAUCAAUGGUUCAACUACCCAUACGUAUUUUUAAAUGAUCGUCCUUUUACAGAUCAUUUCAAGGACCAAAUCCAAGCUGCAACUAAUGCCAGUGUAGAGUUUGGUACUGUUGAUGAAGUUGUAUGGGAAUUUCCUGCUGAGGUGCGUAAUUCAUUGCUGUUUGAGUCUACAUUACAAGAUCAAAACGAUCGUGGUAUAAUGUAUGGUAAUAUGGAGUCGUACCACAAAAUGUGCCGAUUUUAUUCCGGGUUGUUUUAUAAGCAUCCAUUAGUUUCUAAACAUGAAUGGUACUGGAGGAUAGAGCCUGAUGUUGAAUUCUUCUGUGACAUCUCAUACGAUCCCUUCUACGAGAUGGCCAAGAAAAACAAGAAAUAUGGAUUUACUGUAUUGAUUACUGAACUGUAUUGGACCGUCCCCAACUUGUUCAGAACAACUAAAACUUUCAUCAAGAAAACAGCAGGUUUAAAAGAAAACUUGGGCACACUCUGGAAAUUAUUUACAUUUAACUAUAAUAUUUUAGACACAGACGAUGAAGAGAUUUCUAGAUGGGUGAAUUAUCCCUGGGAUGCCAAACCAAAGUUGACUGAAAAGUUGAUGGUAGACUUUUUGCUAGAGAAUAACGGCCGAGUCAAUAAUGAGGAAGAUUUAGAAGGUAUACAACAUCUGAUCGAAAGGGCUCGCUCUAAGAUCCCAUUGAUAGAAGAUUCCAUUGAAGGGGAAGAAUACAAUUUAUGUCAUUUUUGGAGUAACUUUGAAAUUGCCCGCGUUGAUCUAUUUGAUAAUGAGAUCUAUAACGCUUAUUUCAAAUUUUUGGAACAAUCCGGUGGUUUCUGGUCUGAAAGAUGGGGAGACGCACCCAUCCAUUCAAUUGGGCUAGGAAUGAUCCUGAACCUAGAAGACGUUCAUUAUUUCAGGGACAUUGGCUAUAGGCAUUCAUCACUGCAGCAUUGUCCAAAGAAUGCUCUACAAAGCCAAGAAAAAUCUAACUCAUUUGAUAAGGGUUAUGAUUUCGGGUGCGGAUGUCGAUGCGUUUGUCCCAAGCGGGAAGAAGACAUUGAAGAUAACUCUAUUCCCUGCAUGGAUAUUUUUUUUGAAUUGCUUCACGGCAAGGAAUAUGAAAAAGAGUUCCCUGGUUGCUACAAGCCAUCCAUAAAGGACAAGGAUGUGAUUGAGGAGAUUAGAAGAGAGAAUUUUAGAAUCAUUGAAUAG